AUGAGUUUGAUCCAAUCGUUGAAACAAUCGCGCCGGGUGAGGCUAUGUCUCGUCCUCGCCAUGGUACUCUACGUCAUUUUCUCCAUCGUAUCCCAGGUGAGAAUCGCACCCCAGACAGAUCCUGCCAAGUAUACCACCACAUCCGUUAAAGAAUCUAUAAAGCGACUUCAAAAGGAUCUUGAAAAGGUACCUAAUUUCAAGCUGGUUGGGGCAAUAUUCAGUCCAAAUCGCACACCGUUGCUCCCUAUUAUCAUUGCAGAUGGAGACAAACUGAGCAUAUCUAUGAGACAGCAGCUCUCGUACCAAUUUCCAUACGAGGCAUCACACCCGAUCCCAAACAUUAUCUGGCAAACGUGGAAAGUGGACACGGCCCACAAACAAUUUCCCGCUCAGUUCCACCAUAACCAGCUAAAAUGGAAGAUGACCAACCCAACACACACGCACUACGUUUUAUCGGACGAGGGGUGUUCUGAGUUGAUCGAGUCCUUAUACGCCUCGGUCCCACAGGUCUUGAAGGCGUACCAGAUCCUCCCUACACCGAUUUUAAAGGCAGACUUCUUCCGCUACUUGAUCUUGCUUGCACGCGGCGGGGUCUAUUCCGAUAUGGACACUCUCAGUCUCAAGCCGAUCGACCGCUGGCCAGCCACAAACCCAUCCUAUACCUUUUCCAAGCUUGACCCUCAAACGGAAGACCCACUCACGCCAUUGGCGGAGGAGGUUCCGGGGCUCGGUGCCGGUUUAGUGCUUGGGAUCGAGGCGGACCCCGAUAGGCCCGACUGGCACGACUGGUACGCUCGCCGCAUCCAGUUCUGCCAGUGGACCAUCCAGUCAAAGGUUGGCCAUCCAAUGCUCCGCGAGCUUGUGAUUCAGAUCGCGCUCCUUACGUUGAAGCGGGCGGAGGACGGAAACUUGAGCCUUGCCAAGGGAGAUAAAAAGGGUGAGGACAUCAUGAACUGGACUGGACCGGGCAUUUUUACCGACUUUACUUUCAAGUACUUGAACAACUUAUACGGCAGCCAAGGUGACGGCACAGAUGCCAAGACAAGCCCCAUCAGCUGGGAGUUCUUCACUGGUAUGGAGAGGCCGCUUUUGGUUGAUGAUGUCAUGAUCUUGCCCAUCACCAGUUUCAGCCCCGGUGUGGGCCAUAUGGGAAGCAAGGAAGUUAACGACGAAAUGGCACUUGUCCAUCAUUUGUUUAAGGGCAGUUGGAAGGACAAAGCCCAGCCAGGUGGCCGGAAGGGGAGCUAG